AUGAAGAGCAACCUGUCCUCGCAGAUGAUGGAUAUCCCUGAGGGCGUCACUGUGAAGGUGAAAGCUAAGAUCGUUGAGGUGGAGGGCCCGCGUGGCAAGCUCACCCGCGACUUCAAGCAUCUCAAUCUCGACUUCGAGCUCAUUGAGGGCGGGAAGAAGCUGAAGGUGGACGCUUGGUUCGGAUCUCGGAAGACUACGGCCGCCAUCCGCACCUCCUUAAGCCACAUCGAUAACCUGAUCACGGGGGUCACAAAGGGGUACCGCUACAAAAUGCGGUUGGUCUAUGCCCACUUUCCCAUCAAUGCCUCCAUCACUCCCAACAACAGCUGCAUUGAGAUCAGGAACUUCCUUGGGGAGAAAAAGGUCCGAUCUUUUUUUUUUAUCCUUAUAGUCGGUGUAGUUUUAUUUCUCUAUUUCAUGACUAGUUUCACGUCCAAUCAAGCUUUACGUUUUUUUUUGUUUGAAAUUUCCCUUGUAUUUUUAAGAAAACUAGGUCAUGAGAGUGGGCAACGAGAGAUUUGUUUUAGGUUAGCUACGAAAAUAUAG